UUACUGUGCAGCAGUAAACAGUUGGCCCCCGUCUACGAGCUGCUGCGAAGUUCGUCUAGUGAUUGUAUUCAAAUAAUGAGUAAAUAAAUCAAAACGCGCUAAGUGAACCUUGUCCAGACCGACCCAGUCAUUCAGUAUUCCACGCGUGCAUGUAGUGAACGGUUGAAGUGAGCCCCCGGGGAAAAAACACGUUCCAGCUGCAUCUUCAGCGAAAAGGAGCCAUCAAGCAAGCAUAAACCACAGGUCAGCUGGGGUGAUUAGUCAACUGGUCUACUCAGCUUCACCAGUGACUUCAAUAACUUAGCGGUUCGUGUGUCAAAAUUAGCACAUUCGCACCUUUGAAUAUACAGUACUACCACAGCUACUGCUAUUGCGUGUGAAAGUGUGCAGAACAACGCGUCUGAGAACUUUUAGCCCCGCCAACCAAUUGCUGCUGUGUAACAAUCCGAGAGUGAGACUGUCAAAGUCCCACGAUAAUUCAAUUGUGAUAAAACUAGCUAAUGUGGUAUAGUGGCUAUUGAACAAAUCUCGCAAAGUUUGUCUUAGAACCGGUUGGGUUUAGUUACUAAACAGUUCUGAUUGAAUAGCAAGCCGUGCGUGUGUGAAUUGAUCUGACACUGACGUCUAAUAAGCGCGUCGUUUGAACGCCUCUCGCCAACGGUCACCGGCUUGUGUGCUUGCUUGUGCUUGCGAUUGUUGAAAAACGAAACAGCGCACAGAAACAGGAAUAGCCAGUCUCUCCCAGCCAUGAAGAUCAAGAUGGCGAAACUCGUCCUACUGAUGUCAACGUUCUGCGCGGUCCCAACGCUCGGUGGUCUGCUGAGGACACCGAAAGUUUACAACGCGGUGAUAACGACCGACGAGAAUUUAACCCCGAGCCGCGCCUAUCCUGUGGUUCAACCGGUGGUACAUGAGGCAGGGCUAAGCUAUCCGUUCGGCGCAUUCGGACCAUUCGGACUGUACAAUGCUUUUAACGCAUACCCCGGCUUCUAUCAGCAACAACCGACAGCAGCUGGUCCUAGUGCUGCUCAGAUACAAGGUAGAAACUCGUUCUUCGUCGGCCGUGAACCAGAGCCACAACUUCAAGAUACCCCAAUUGAGACUCUUCCAGAAGCUAAGCCGUAUCCGGAGCGAAAUUUACCACUACGAGAACCGCCAGUGCCGGAAAUAAUCCCCGAACCGAACAAUAGUAUUGCUCCCAAAGCUCCGGAAGGUCCCCAACCAAACUUCGAGGGACGUCCAGUGGAAACCAAAAAUCCACUUCAAUUAAACGAGUUUGGUUAUCCACCCAGUCUAAUACCCGUGGCUACGUACAAUAGCAACGGACAACUACAGAGCAGUCCCGUAUUCCCUUACAACUUCCCGGUUCUAUAUGAUUCAUUCGGCAAUUACAAUCCGACCCAGUAUCAAUCGGUGCUUCCACCAUUCGGUUAUUUCCCGCAACUAAACCAACCGAAUCCAUACUUCAAUCAGAAUUUGGCACCAAAUGCCCCCAUCAACAAUGCAGUGGAUCCUCAGCAGUUCAACCGCGAUGGUCGCGAACAAGUUCUGCAAGACGCCAACAAAGAGAGCCUGCAGAAUGGCCCGAUCGGUACUCCCGUUCCUCCACCAGUACCCGUGCCUGUCGUUCCCGUCUCAGCACCGGAGGAGGUCGCAAAUCCCGAGGAAAACAAACCGGAACCUCCGCCUCCGGCUCCAGAGGCAUUUGACGAAAGUAUCAAGAAUAAUGCCAACAAAAACAAAGACAUUCCCGAUGUGCCGCCACCACCGAUCCCUUCCGGUGCGAAAGAAGUUGAGCAGCCGUAACGGGGGCAUCCUUUCGGGCGGCAAGCAGGGAUUCGUCCGUACACACGCGUUUUACAUUUGUAGGAUACUCAUCAAUGUCCAUCAAUCGUUUUUAAAUAAAGUUGUUAUUGUAAGAAAAAA